AAAUCGAUAGCGCUCUUUGGGGUUGUCCUCCCGCAUUAUCAUAUUGGGCCAUUGAGAAGUUCCGCCAUGUUGUGUAGGCGUGUUGUUUAUUUGUAGUUCAAGCUGAUCCACUGACCAGUGACAUAGUCAUCUCUACAGUACAGGUAGAUCUUCAUAGGAGUCAUGUAUCUCUGGCUGCUCUGUGCUGUUGCCUUAGUAACAACCUCGAAAGCCUAUCCUUUAUUGUAUGAUGAUUGGACAGCACAGGAUUUAAAGGAUUACUUUCUACAGCGUGCUAACGACCAGUCACGCCCUGUUCUGGACCCAAACUUCAACAUUGGGGGAGACGAGCUUGGUCAGGUGUCUGCAGUUGACGUUGACUCUGAUGGACAUGUCUACGUGUUUCACAGAGCAGACAGACCCUGGACAAUGAGUACUUAUAAAGCAAACAGUGAUAUUCUGACUGACGAAGCCAAAACACCAAUUGGAAAAGACACAAUAUUGAAAGUUGAUCCGAAAUCUGGCCAGAAGAUUGAAAGCUUUGGAAAAGAUAUUUUCAACGUACCUCAUGGUCUAACAAUCGAUCACAAAGACAAUAUCUGGGUCACAGACGUCGGCAGACAUCAGGUGUUAAGAAUUCCUAAGGGAGCCACCAAGCCUGACUUGGAACUGGGCGAGAAAUUUGUGUCUGGAGACGAUGACAAACACUUCUGUAAGCCGACAGAUGUCGCUGUGGCCAGCAACGGUGAUUUUUUUGUUGCUGACGGUUAUUGUAACAAUCGAGUUCUCAAGUUCUCCAGCACAGGAAAACUUCUUUCCCAGUGGGGCGCUCAAGAAGGAAAUAAUGGCAUGACUCCAUAUACAUUGAACAUACCUCACAGUCUGACACUUAUAGAGGAGUUGGACCUGAUCUGUGUAGCAGACAGAGAAAAUAGCAGAGCGUUAUGCUACAACGCCGGCCUUCAUUCAGCACAGACACCAUCCCAGGCACAGUUCAACAGAACUCUGAUACCACAGUCUGAGAUUGGCCGAGUGUUUGCUAUAGCUUACAACAAGGCUGCUCAGGAAGUUGUCGCUGCUGGAGUUGUUUCUGAGGCCCCCAUUAUUGAGAACGACUCAAUUCUGUACCCACCUCGGGCCUUCACCUAUGAUCUCGAGGGUCGCCUUGUCACUUCUUGGGCGUUUAUCACACAGGAGAUGGCUGAACUUGGACCCUCCUUGAUCCACGACUUGUGUGUCUCUAAAAACGGACAAGACUUUUACCUGGCAGAUCUUGACCAGCAGCGAGUGUACAAAUAUACAACCAACUGGGAAGCUGUCCUGGGAGGGGCCUAAUGUCUUGAUUGGCAGGUCGAUGUGAGCAUUCCAUCAACCGCUAGCACCAACUUGACUAAAUGUUACCAUGCUUGGUUACAAACAUAGAUUCUUAACAUGAACUUUGCACAAAGUGACAAACAAUAUGAAUAUCAAGUAGCGAAGAUUUUGUAAUUCAAAAAAGUAAAUGGCUAACCCAGAGUUGUCCAUUUUGUUUAAUUUAAAAUUGUGUUACAUCAACUUGGAACUUAUAUUGUAGACCUAUAAGUCAGAAUUGAAUUAUUGUUAAAAGACCAAUACAUUAAAUAUAUAACUAUUACAACGGAUAUAGGAAUAUUACUAUUGUUACUACCAACACUAGCUGGAACUAUAAGUUGAACUAGUCGACACAAACUAUGAGUUGACUUUCUUUAGCUCAAGCUGCAACAGGCCAAACCUAUUUAUUUUGGUAUAACGCUGAUCUAUGACAUGUAGUGUAUUGUUGAUUUAGACAAAAAAAUUAUAUUCUAAAUCUAAAAUUUUCUAUAAGCCUACAGCGGACACUUUUAGAGUUUAUAUUGGUGUAGCAUGUAUGUAGUUAUGGUGUUAGCAAACUGAGCUACACUUAUAAAAUAAUUUGAACAAAAGUCUUAGUCACUACAUUGGUGCAGUGUUAGGUCAGAUGUUGUUGACAAAAUAUUGAAUGUUGUUUUGUUAGUCAUGUGAUCAUGUUAAUAUCAUAUGUUAUUGUUGUUGUUUUUCCCCCCAGCAAUCCAAAUAUCAUAUGUUUUGAUUUGUUUCGCCCCAUAAAGCCACAUCAAGAAUGUUAAUUUACCUUUUAUUUCAAAAGAAGUUAGUGAUAUUUUUGUUUGUGAUAUUUUAUUAAAAGUAAAUUAAAAUUCAUUCUUUUGAUCGUU